GCCCUCCCCAGGGUCCUGCGCCCAGGAGCCUCGCCGCCGCCCCAGCCCCAGCCCCAGCCCCACCUCCUCCUCCCCGCUCUCCGAAGCGCAACACACGAGCGGCGCCUUUAACACCCUUCCCCGACCAUCCCCGCGGGCCCGGGGCUGCUGCACUGGCCUUCCCGCUCGCUUUAAGUGUGGACGUCUGUGUAAGUGUGAGACCAUCAUGGUGGCAUUUAAAGGCGUCUGGACUCAGCCUUUCUGGAAAGCUGUUUCAGCAGAAUUUUUGGCCAUGCUAAUUUUUGUCCUCCUCAGCCUUGGCUCUACAAUCAACUGGGGUGGAUCUGAAAAGCCUCUGCCUGUAGACAUGGUCCUUAUCGCUCUCUGCUUUGGACUGAGCAUUGCAACCAUGGUGCAGUGCUUUGGACACAUCAGUGGUGGCCAUAUUAACCCUGCUGUGACUGUUGCUAUGGUCUGCACGAGGAAGAUCAGCCUUGCCAAGUCUGUCUUCUAUAUUGUUGCCCAAUGCCUGGGUGCAAUAGUGGGGGCAGGAAUUCUUUACCUUGUCACACCCCCAAGUUUGGUGGGAGGCUUGGGAGUUACUACGGUACAUGGAGAUCUUUCCGCUGGCCAUGGACUCCUGGUGGAGUUGAUAAUUACAUUCCAGCUGGUUUUUACUAUUUUUGCCAGCUGUGAUUCAAAACGAAACGAUGUCACUGGUUCAGUGGCUUUAGCAAUUGGAUUUUCUGUUGCAAUUGGACAUUUAUUUGCUAUCAACUACACUGGUGCCAGUAUGAACCCUGCUCGAUCAUUUGGACCUGCAGUUAUCAUGGGGAAAUGGGAAAACCACUGGGUCUAUUGGGUUGGACCAAUAAUAGGAGCAGUCCUUGCAGGUGCCCUUUAUGAGUAUGUAUAUUGCCCAGAUACUGAGUUCAAGCGACAUUUUAAAGAUGUCUUCGGUAAGGCCUCCCAUCAGUCUAAAGGGAAAUACGUGGAGGUGGAUGAUAGCAGGAGCCAGAUAGAGACUGACGACUUGAUCCUGAAGCCUGGCAUGGUUCAUGUGAUUGACAUUGAGAGUGAAGACAAGAAGGGGAGUGAUCCAACCAAUGAGGUGCUAUCUUCUGUAUGACUAGCAAGGAGCACUGAAAGCAGAGAACGGCCUACUAGAAUGUUCACAGAUAUCUUUCCACCCAUUAAAGAGACAGAUCUACUGUAAACCAGACACCUGCAAUAUCUGAAACUGUAUGGAGAUGACAGCAGCUAUGUAGUUCUUCACCAAGCUAUACACCUGCUCAGUUUGAUUAGAAAUUUACUGUAUUUAAGACUCCCCAUAGAUUAUUCCAAAUUCAGAAUUGUCCUUUUUUAGGAGAGAACAUCCGCAAAGUCAAUUUGAAAGAGCUGAUAGCAUUUCCUUUUUAAUAAGGCCAUCAAUAGCAAGAUGGAAUUAGAGAUGUUUAACAUUCAGAUUGACAGUUAAGACUUAUCUGCAAAUGCCUAUAGCACACAGACGUAUUUAUCAGAUUAUUCUUCUGACACUUAAUUGGCUGUUGUCAACCCUGAUUAGAAUGUCUUAUCCGUUAAGUGUUCUUUGUAAGGUUCAGUGACAAUAAUGCCAAAGUACAGCAUGAAAGAGAUUUUUCCAAAUUUAGGGUAGUAUUUUUUGUUCUUAUAUAUCCUAUCAUUAUUUCUUUACAAAUUCUGAAAAACUAUAUAUUUAUAGGCAAAAAUUGGUUUCUGUCAGUCAUCCUACUAAUUUUCAUCCAUUACAUAUCCAUGUUCUGGUGUAAAAAAUACUGCCUUCUUCCCGUUCCCCACAACUAAAAAUAAUGAAGCCAAAGGCUCUAAUCUAAUGCAAUAAUGCUGCAAAACCUUUAAAUGUAUUGUAUGCAGGUUAGUAUAGUUGUCCAUCUGGUGAAACAUUCUCUUGAGGUUCAGCUGACCAUUUAGUAUUAGCUGACUAUAGGUCAUACAGGGAACCUGAAGGUCCACAUGUUACUCAGUAACUCAAGCAAAAGUAAAUAAAUGUUCAGGUAUCAGAAGAAAGGAAGGCGUUAUCUGUUUUCAGUGCACUUAUUCAAACAAAUGUCACUGUGCUAAUUUAUAUAACUAAACAUUUAAAUUACUUACCCACUUCGCUUACAAUCUUAUUUUUAUUUAUUAGCAAAAUAAAGGUGGAUUUUUAAAAAACUUUUAACUAUAUUGAAGCACUGACUGGAACAUAUUUAUAAUAACAGGUUAUAUUGAUAUGACUGCUUUUGGUUUUGACAUUUUUUUGCAAACUGGUCUCUAGUUAGUUGAACAGCAUCAAUGAUUGUGGCACUGUUCAUAUAAUCUUAUUCUGUCAUGUCUGUGGCAAAGUUUUCUCUGUUAAUUAAAUUUGACAGUAAGAAAUGCAAGAAUGUGAUAAUUUUUAGAGAAACAGGGAAAGGGAUGCCCCAAUGAUAUUACAUGCAGAAAUGCUUAAGCAACCAAUCCUUCUUGUAUAGAAGUGUUUCAACAGAUUUAGCUAACCCAACAUAAAAUCUUUAUAGAUUCUUUUUAACUGGCUCAUGGCUUUGUUCCUAAUUAGUUGCUAUGGAGUUUGUUUGUUUUUGGGGGUUUUUUUGUGAUUUUUGCAAUAUGCCAUUACAGUGCUUGUUGGAAUACCAUUUUCUGUCACCCUAGUUGUAUAGGUUGUAUCUAAAACUUGAAAUAGGUUCAUGAUUAUUUAACUACAGUACAAAAACAAGGUUGUGGAUUGUAUGUAAUAGACUUGUCAGUCCUUUGAUUUACAAUAUGUGCAAGUGUGUAACUCAUUAAAAUGAGUAAGGGGUGUGUGUGUAUGUAUAUAUAGUACUGGGAUAACAGACCACUGCUAGGAUCAAAUCUCUGCAUCAUUGCAUAAGGGCAUGUCUAUAACCAACUUAUUUCAACCAGUAGUCUAGGCAU